GCAUGUUUCAGUCGAUUAGUGAGUGGACACAGCGUGAUUGAGCAUGCAGCUUUCAUUGAUCAUUACCAACCUGGCUGACACUCUGGACCCAUCAUGGAGUCGGGAAAGCAGCUUACAGGUACAUUGGCCCUAGCUGUGUUCACUUCUACUUUGGGGUCCCUGCAGUAUGGCUACAGUCUUGGAGUUAUCAACGCACCCCAGAAGGUCAUUGAAAAGUAUUAUGGCCAGUCACUGGGGGUGUGGUCAGAGAGGGCCACGGUCCUGUCAGGAAACAGCACAGAAGAACCAGAUCUCUCAGUGGUGGAACGACACCCUGCCGUGGUCAUGUAUUGGUCAUUGUCGGUGGCAAUCUUCUCCAUUGGAGGCAUGUUAUCCUCCUUCCUGGUGGGAUUUGUGGGAGACCUGAGAGGGAGGGUGAAGGGCAUGCUAAUGGUUAAUGUUCUGGCCGUAGCUGCCGGACUGCUGAUGGGUCUUGCCAGGAUGUGGAAACCUCACAUCAUGGUCAUCUCCGGCCGCGCUGUAAUGGGCUUCUACUGUGGGUUGACAUCCGGGCUAGUGCCUAUGUACAUUGGAGAGAUUGCACCGAAGGCUUACAGAGGGGCUCUGGGGACAUUACACCAGCUGGCUAUUGUCACUGGCAUCCUAAUCAGCCAGGUAAUAGGCUUGGACUUUGUGUUUGGUAAUGAUGAUAUGUGGCCCCUGUUGCUUGGUCUGUCUGGAGCUCCGGCAGUGUUACAAUCUUUUAUGCUGCCUUUAUGCCCUGAGAGUCCACGGUACCUUUACAUUGUCCUGGGCAAGGAGCAAGAGGCUCGGAAAAGUCUGCAUCGUCUAAAGGGGGAAUAUGAUCCAACUCCUGAUCUGGAAGAGAUGAGGAGAGAGAAAGAGGAGGCAGACAAGGAGCCCAGGGUCUCUAUCCUUUCUUUGAUCCGCUCCUCCGUGUACAGACAGCAGCUGUGUGUUGCCCUCAUGAUGCACCUCUCCCAACAGUUGUCUGGCAUCAAUGCGAUCUUUUAUUACUCUACGGAUAUCUUCACUCGGGCUGGUGUCAGUCAGCCGGUCUACGCGACCAUAGGAGUCGGAGUUAUCAACACGGUCUUCACUAUGGUGUCUGUUGCACUGGUGGACAAGGCUGGCAGGCGCACUCUCACUCUGAUUGGUCUGGGAGGGAUGUGCUUCAGUGCAAUUGCCAUGACAGUGGGCCUCAAACUCCAGAGUGAAUACUCAUGGAUGAGCUACGUCAGCAUGUCAUCUAUCUUCCUCUUUGUGAGCUUCUUUGAAAUUGGUCCUGGUCCCAUCCCGUGGUUCAUAGUUGCUGAGCUGUUCAGUCAGGGACCUCGACCUGCGGCCAUCGCUUUAGCCGGCUGCUGCAACUGGACCAGCAACUUCAUUAUAGGCAUGACCUUUCCAUAUAUACAGUCUUUGUUGGAUUCUUACGUAUUCAUCCUGUUUGCUGUGCUGCUUCUCGGCUUCACUGUGUUUAUUUAUCUUCGGGUCCCCGAGACCAAGGGAAAAACUUUUGAGGAGAUUGCUGCGGUCUUCCAGAAGGGCCGGAAAAAGUUGGCACAGGAUCCCAAAGACGCUACUGAGCUGCAGCAGCUCAAAACAUCCACAGACGCUUGAAACGACAACGAUGUAUUUUUGUGAUCUGUUUGUUGUUGUAUGUGCAAGGGCGUUGUCUUUCUGUCAGUAUUUCAGAUGUCAAGUGUUUAUGUAGCUUCAUCCUUCAAGUAUUAUAAUAACUGGUGAAUCAGUUUUCAUAAUGCAAAUAUGAGAGUUACACUAAAACCAGCAAUGACUAUCACAUUUCUCUUAUAUGGAAGGUUGUUUACAGUUAUUCAAAAAGAAAAAACGUGUACUGCAGUAUUGUGACUUGAUAGGUUAAAGCUGCUAUAAUCAAUAUUGGAUUGCAUGACUAUUUGUUAGUGAAAAGGGUUGCUCGGAUGGUUGAACCUACAGAGAAUUAUGACCCGACUCUGCAGUCCCCUACGCUCUGCUGAGCUUUAUGGAGUCUUAUAUUGAUGUGGUUUUCAGGUUUUAGUGUUUUAGUUAGCUGCUACUGCUCUCAUAGCUCCGGUGUUUUGGCCUCAACAGGCAGAUGCUUUCAGCAAAAAAGCUCUAGAAACCCACUGUACACUACCUGCCCAGCACUAGACAAGGCCGACAAAGUUAGCGAACAGCUAGUGAACAUAGAGGAGCAUUUAGGAGCUAAAGGGCCAGAUAUUUCCCUCAUUGGGCUUAUGUUUAUCGGCUGAUCAACAAAACAACUCCAAAUGAAUGCUAACGUUGUCCUAUGUCUGCUGGAUUUGUAAAUUAAGUUUGUCAGCGUUGUGAUCACAGCUUUCUUUUCUGCUGGUUUAUCAUUAAAAAUGCAUUUAAAAACUAACUGUGGAAUUGGUAUGCCAAGAAAUGAAAUGGCAUAACUCACUCAGUAUUGAAGUAUUUGUCUAAUAUUACUUAAAAGGAUAUUAAUUAUCUGUGGAAUUACUUACACUAUACACUAUAAUUACACAAUUACACUAUUUUCUGUCUUACCAUGAGCCCUCACUCAAAAAUGAUCUGCUCAUUGUUACUUCUCUUGAAUGUUUGGCCUUCACUGUGCAGAAUGAUGUAUGUAUGUAUGUAUGUAUGUAUGUAUGUAUGUAUGUAUGUAUGUAUGUAUGUAUGUAUGUAUGUAUGUAUGUAUGUAUGUAUGAGUUUGACACUAGAAGGCUGUUUUCACAUUAACUUGCUGAGGUUUCUCUGUGGACACUUUAAACCUGAGUUUAAGGCAUGUAUGCCUGACCAUUACUUUCUGACGUCACAACUAGUUUAGAAGCCAACCGUGGUCCAAUAUGCAACUUACAAAUAUUGUGAUGUGGAAACUUGAAGUCCUUCAGUGCACAUACUGUGAACUUCUAGGAGUAGUGGGAGACAUCUCGUGUAAAUCAACAAAUAAACUUUUGAAAUAA